UCCGUCCCUGCUCUUCAGUCUCUUAAAACUCUUUAGUUUUUCAACUGAGCGAGUCAGAUGAGGCGCAACCGCACUGGAGAAGAAGAGCAGGACUGGCGCAAAUGCCCUCGCUUUUUACACUAAGCCGUGUGAUCGGUGUUUUAUAACGGUUUUAAAUGAUGGAAUAUGCAAAUUAUAACAGUUGACCAGGGCUUUUAGGCUGUGAAGUGUUUAUGAGGCAUGGCUUUCGUUUUCACUUUCUUUUUCCUGUCCUGUGUGAGCAAUGUUUGGGGAAAUAAUCCGAAAUCGACCGAGAUUGAUGGGAAUAUCUAUCUGGAUAACAUUACGCGUAUAUUGGAUAGAUUACUAGAUGGAUAUGACAACAGACUGCGACCUGGAUUUGGAGGUCCAGUUACCGAGGUCAAAACAGACAUCUUUGUAACCAGCUUUGGUCCAGUGUCAGAUGUUGAGAUGGAGUACACCAUGGACGUAUUUUUCCGUCAAACGUGGAUUGACGAGAGGUUGAAAUUCGAGGGCCCCAUCGAGAUUCUGCGGCUCAACAACCUCAUGGUCAGCAAGAUCUGGACGCCAGACACAUUCUUCCGGAAUGGCAAGAGGUCCAUCUCUCACAACAUGACCACUCCCAACAAGCUGUUCCGCAUCAUGCAGAACGGAACUAUCCUCUACACCAUGAGAUUGACUAUAAAUGCGGAGUGUCCCAUGCGACUGAUGAACUUCCCCAUGGACGGCCAUGCCUGUCCUCUCAAGUUUGGUAGUUAUGCCUACCCCAUGAGUGAAAUUGUGUACACAUGGAAAAAAGGACCACUGUUCUCUGUGGAAGUACCAGAGGAGUCCUCCAGCUUGCUACAGUACGAUCUAAUAGGACAGACAGUGUCCAGUGAGAGGUUAAAAUCCAACACAGGUGAAUAUGUAAUCAUGACUGUUCACUUCCACCUUCAAAGGAAGAUGGGCUUCUUCUUGAUUCAGACAUACAUUCCCUGUAUCAUGACGGUGAUCCUGGCUCAGGUCUCUUUUUGGAUCAAUAAGGAAUCUGUUCCUGCUCGAACUGUAUUUGGCAUUACCACUGUGCUAACCAUGACCACACUCAGCAUCAGCGCCCGCCACUCUCUGCCCAAAGUUUCCUACGCCACAGCCAUGGACUGGUUUAUUGCCGUAUGUUUCGCCUUCGUUUUCUCAGCCCUCAUCGAGUUUGCAGCAGUCAACUACUUCUCCACGCUGCAGGCCAACCGGGAGCUCCGCAAGGUGGCCGCCAUCAAGGCAGCCCAGGAGGCUGCAGAGGCCGGGAGGAGUGACGGGGAGUCCUCUUCGGACGCCAGCAGUAUGCUGAAGAAGAGGAUGAACUCUACGACUCACUUUGAGAGGCCAGCGGAGGUGUUCCCUAACCCUCCAGUGAAUGCCCAGGCCUUCCUCCAGCAAGGCUCAGCCGUGCCGUCCAACAACUUACUGACAGGCACCAGCAUCAUAGACAAGUACUCACGCAUCCUCUUCCCUCUGUCGUUCGGGGCCUUCAACCUAGUCUACUGGAUCGUCUAUCUUACCAAGGACACCAUGGAGAUGACAAGAGACAGCGUGUGAGCCCCGUCCUGGAGUGAGCCCCCUCACUGAUCUCACACGGAUGCACACGUGCACACACACACACACACACACACACACAAACAAACACAAGGACACUCACCGUUUGGAUAGAUGACAGAGAAGCUUGCCAAGGUUUUCUUUUUGAUGCUGCCUCUGUACAUUGUGUUUUUUGUUUUUUACUUUCAGUGUGUGACUGAUUUGAAGUGCUCUGCCAACUGUUGACCUGGGAGCUCAAGUUUUAUCAUAGCUCAUGGGCCAGGGCUCUCAGUCUAUUUCAAACAGGUACUCAAUCUCUUUCUCUCACACACACCCCUCUGCGUCUUCCCCCUGAAGAGAAACAAUGUGCAUUGGCACUUCUCUUUCAAGUGUUCUGCCCCUUCCCGGUCCCUGUCUGAAACAGAGGGACUUCCCUAAAAGUAGGGAGUGUCUGCCACAGGACUGGAGGUACCGGAGUCACUUCGUCUGUGUGAAACAAUACACGGCCUGGCUGCGUCUACCCUGGACAGUACUGGAAAACACACCUGAGGGGAGUACUGUGCACUGCCUCCAUCCACUCUGACUGACUGUCUCCCCCCAAUUUAAACUUUGCAAUCGCUCUCGGUUUUCGGGUUCAUUGGCUUAUUUUCACUCCUCUCAAAGAAACAUUUCUUUGAUGAAGCCAAAUCGUCAAAGAGUUGUUCUUGGUUCCUCACAUACAUUUGAAUAUUAAGAACUACUCAAAAGACACACACCCAAAGACACACACACAUUCACAGGGACAAUCUUGUAAGACAGUCAAAUCCAAAAUAAAUGCAAGGAUCAUCGGUCUCUCCACGUAGGUCAAAGAUCAAUCACAAGGCCUGUAUUUGUUGGCAUCCACCAACUCAAACUAAACCCUGGACUAAUGAAUUCACAAUACUCUCUCCUUGCUAACUUUACUUGGCUAUGUUUGGCGUAUCAGAGAAUACAAAUAUAGUUCCCUGGCAACAGCCCGCCUCUCAUUCAAUGGAUAUAUUAUUUAAUGUCAGUGUUGUUGUUUGUUUUAAUGUUUUCUAUUUUUGCACUUUUAUGUAAUUGUAUCUGUCGUUAUUGGACAUGAAAGAAUGCUAAGGUGGUUUGUGGUUGGCAAUUAUUCAUUAAAUGACAGAUUUACAUUUAAUUUAGAACUACAUCCUCUCACAAGCAAUUAUGCACCAUGCCAAAUGCAUUCAUUAACUUCGGUCUGGAUUUACAUAUAAUUAUGCACUAUUUCCAAUUAAAAGAAAGAGGUAAAUUAUUAAAUCCACAGAGUAGCGCCAUCUAAAUAUAUCCCACGUUCAUAUAUGUGUGUGUUUAUUGGUUAUUCAUGACUGUCUUUCCACUGGCUGCCUCUCUCUCUCUCUCUCUGCAACACAUACUGCAGCUUCAUCAACACACUUAUCAGCACCAUCAAGCAUCUGUUUGACUUUUUUUAUUUUAUGAUAAAGUCCAUUAAUAUUCCUCCGGUCGUUACACCUUUCCGCAUUUCUUUCCAUGUUCCCCCAGAUACUGUAGUGAUAUUUUUUUUGCGAAGGAAAACUAGAUGGACUGCCUUCAAAUUGCACCUUCCUUCUCUGCUUUUGAUGUGGAGUCUGAGGACACACAACAUUUCAGCUCUGACUACACUGGCAGGCCCUGGAAGGGACCUCUUGACAGUUGCCUCUGAAUAAGACUGGCUGAACCUAAAGGAAGAGGCAGGAGUGGCUGAUGUAUAGCUCUGACUGUAUAGCCCUAUUGAGUUGGUUAUUUAGUUGAAUUGAAUGGAAAAGGAAGAUGGAGGGGGCUGUAUUGGAGACCUUAUUUAUUUUCUCCAACCUCAACCUGCCUGCUUAUGGAAAACUUACUGGUCUCUAUGGGGGACAAGCACUAGCAUGACCUGUGACCCUUCAGUGUCCUUGUUAGGGGUUUGGAAUGUUGGGUUUUUGUGUAUCGAAGACCAUGACAUCUACCGCCCCCUCAAUAUCGUAUUUCACUACAGGCAUGAGUCACAUUGAUUCCUAACCACUGUUAUUCACUAGCUUUUAUUCACAGGCUAAGCAAAUGUGAAAUGUGAAAAUGAAGCAGCAAUAUGGUAACACGUUGGUCUUUGUGCAUAUGUGAAUAUUUCAUGAUUACUGUAGUUAUAGAUUUAUAUUUUUAUUUUCCUGUCUUAAAUAUCCUGCUUGAUGUAUGGCUAUUAUAUUAAUUAUUUGUACUGAUUUGAAAUGUAUUGCAGCUUUUGUAUAUACAGUGCCUUGCAGAACAUUCAGACCCAUUGGAUUUCUUCACAUUGUAUUGUGUUACAAAAGUGGGAUUAAUAUUGGUUUAAUUAUACUUUUCUUUGUCAGCAAUCUGCACAAAAUACUAUAAUGUCAAAGUGAAAGAAGAAUUCUAGAUGAAUAAACAUGAAAUAACUCAAAUAUAGUCGUUGCAGAAGCAUUCAGCUCCCUGAGUAAAUAAUUGUUCGAUAAACCUUUGACAUCGAGGCUUCUUGGGUAAGUCUGUAAGGGCUUUACACACCUGGAUUGUGCAAUAUUUUCCCAUUAUUAUUUUAUAAAUUCUUCAAGCUCUGUCAAGAUGUUGGGGAUCAUGGUUAGACAGCAAUUUUCCAGUUUUGCCUGCUGAAAGGUUGCAUUCCUUUCCCAGUCUGGUGUAAAGCAGACUGAAACAGAAGGAUUUUGAAACAGGAGGAUGUUCCUCUAGGCCUCUGCUUAGCUCUCUCCUCUUUCUUUUUCUCAUGAUAAUAAGGAGGCAGUUACUCAAUGAUGUGUUGUGUUGGAUUGGAUUUGCCCCAAACAUAAGGCUUUGAAUUUAGACCAAAAAAACUAUUUUUGAAUUUAGACCAAAUAAACUAUUUUUUUCUCCAUUAUUACCUUAGUACCUUGUUGCAUAUGACAGGUAGCCUGGCGAGUAGGAGCGUUGGGCCAGUUACCAACAAGUUGCUGGAUCAAAUCCCCAAGCUGACAAGAUACAAAUCUGUCAUUUUGCCCCGGAGCAAGGCAGUUAACCCACUGUUCCCUGGGUGCCGAUGAUUUGGAUGUUGAUUAAGGCAGCACACCUCUGCACCUCUCUGAUUCAGAUGGGCUGGGUUAAAUGCGGAAGACACAAAUUAGUCGAAUGCAUUCAGUUGUACAACUGACUAGGUAUCCCCCCCUUUCCCAUGCAAGUUUUGUUUGAAUGUUCUGUACUCUUCUUUUCACUUUGUCAUUUAGGUCAUUAUUAUGGAGUCACUACAAUGUAGAUCCAUCCCCAGUUUUCUCCCAUCAAAGCCAUUGAACUCUGUAGCUGUUUUAAAAUCACCAAUGGCCUCGUGGUAACUUUCCUGAGCAGUUUCAUUCCUGUCCUGCAGCUCAAUUCUGAAGGACGACUGUAUCUUUGAUGUGUCUGGGUGGUUUAAUACAUAAUCCACUGCAUAAUUAACUUGACCAUGCUUAAAGAGAUAUUCAACGUCUGAUUUGUUAUUGUUACCCAUCUACAAAUCACUUCCCUUCUUUAUGAGGCUUUCAAAAAGCUCCCUGGUCUUUGUAGUUGAAUCUCUAUCUUAAUUUUUUAAAAUGUAAAUGUUCUUCCACUAUGACAUUACAGGGUAUUUAGUAAAAAAUGGCAAUUAAAUGCAUUUUUAAUCCCACUUUGUAUCACAAUAAAAUGUGAAGUAAUCCAAAGGAUCUGAACACUUUUGCAAGGCAUUAUAUAUCAUUAUAUUCUCUAUUUAGCACAUUAAAAGCCACUUGUUUUUAUUUUCCCUUGGAGACAGUUUUUAUUGCCAUAGAAAACAAUAUUUUGGUGUUUAGACAUUCUGUCAUUUUACUAACAAUCUCCUCAAUACUUUCCCUCAGGAUUGUGUGUAUAUUAUCAUGUUGAAUAAAGUUAAAAUAUGUUU